GUUCGGCGAUUGACCGCUCACCGGUCGCAGAGCGUUGCCUUCUCAGGAGACGCUAGCCCAACUAGGCCGCGUGCUCCAAAAGGGCUGCUACGUAUCCAUUUCACUCGAUCGGAUGCCUUCGGAAACCCUGGCGUGCAACCGCCGCGUCAUCGGGGCUUGCCUGCGCUGGUUGUGGGGAAGGGAAGGGAGGGGGUAUAUAAUCGACCCUUGGAGGGGGAUGAGGCUCUGACACUGAACGGUCCGUGUUGCCUUCCCACUCCUUCAUAGAACUUCUCGCAACGGCUUGCUCUUUGUCCUCUACUCCUGUCCGAGCUCGUGCAUGUGUCAGCAAGUCACAGCAAGUCCUUCAUAUCGGAAUCUCGAAAGUCAGGGGAUGAUUUGGCACUGAAGGGUAUCUACUGUAUGGAUAUGGAUAUACCGACAUGCCUUCUCUGUGAUGGGAACUGCUAUUGUAUGGUGGAGUGUACCCCGCCCCCGGCGUACUCUUUGAUGGAGGAAGGGAAGACUGGAUGGAGGAAUGAUGAAGAGACGUCCACAAUGGCUCCUACUCGCACUCGCACUCCUACGCCAACACCGGCAACAUCCUCAAAGCCCACUUCUCCCGUCGCCACCCCCGUCACCGCCACCGUAACGCUGGCACCACGUUCCCCGUCGCCCUCCACCAAAAAACUCACCUCGUCCCCAAGACCAUCCAUCAAGCAGGCAGUGACGGGGAAAUCAACCACAGUCAACACCACUUCUUCUUCUACCUCUCCUCGCUCGGAUGUUCAGCGUAUUCUUGCUAUCGCCGCAAAUGAGGAGACUGGCAUGGACGCCACCCGGAGGGUAUCCAUGCCUACCAAGUAUCGCGCUAAGGACUUGACCUUUGACACUGCUAUUACCCGUCCUCUUUCCCCUACACCUCCGAAGGAGAAUAGCACUCGGUCGUCGCCGCCCACCGUUCCUGGACCACGGCCAUCCCUCGCCGCCCCCACGUCAUCCAUGCGUAGUACUGCUCAGGAGGAUGAGCCGCCGACGACCCCUCCUCCAUUUGAGCCGAUCCCGGCGACCCGUCCCGCGAGCAAUACGGUGGAUGCACACGCCGUGAUCGCCUCCGUCACCAGGGAGCCCGCCCCACCCGCCGAGCGCGAUGAUCCCCCACCCUACAGCGCCAUCAGGCGCAUGCCUCAAAGCAGAAGUGAACGUAAGCACUGGAUGCUCCAGACACUCUACAAUCGCAUCGACGGGUUAUCCUUCAACCUCCCCGGGCCGGUAUUCCCCAAGAUCAACAGGGACAGUUUCAUCCGCCAGGGAAGGGCUGACCUCGUCGAGGGUCGAACAAUCAACGAUAUUGGCAACACUAUCUUUUCUCAUUGCCGUACGUGGAAUGCAUCCAGGUGCAAUGUCAGACUUCCCGCGGACUUCAACCCCCUCGCAAGGACCGUCAAGUGCGAGGUCAUCUCCGACUCGGACCUGUUCGAGUCCCCCACUCACCUCCUCGUGCUCACCAGCGGGACGGGGCGGUUCAAAUCCACCACCCAGAUCCCCGUGCACGAGCUGCUCUACCUCGCACAAUGUCAUAACUUCAAGAGCGGCUUGUUCCCUCCCUCGCAGCCCAAGCGCGUGCAGGAAGAAGACGGAACAUAUAGCGUCACUCUCCCCGUUAUCACCCUCUCCGUGCCAGCCAACCACUGCUUCGGGCUGCUAGACGACUACCUCUAUCACCGGAACGUCACCUACUUCUUCCAGCAGCUCGCCUCCCCGCUCAUGCCCACACCGAACGAGGCGGUCGAGUUCGAGACCAACUUCCAGCGACGCCAGUACUACGUCCGCCUGCUCGUCCAGCACUUUUCCUUCCCGCAACUCGUCCGCCGUCUGCUGGCCAUCCACCACCUGCACCAGGACGCAGAAUCGAUCGGAGUGGUCGACGUCAGCUUCUGGCGCGUCGUAAACGUUUCCUGGUUCUGUGUCGGCGCAGCGCUCAAAGGGAAGAAGAACCAGAUGGCGCGCUUACAAGAAUCCCGGCUCGUUUCCGGUCGCGGAGUUAGCGGACGCAGCUACUCGAUGCCCCAGGUCCAAUCCUGAUCAACCCGGAUACCGCACUCGCAAUCUCAGUUCUAAUAAUGCUUUAUUUGGCUUUCCUUCCCGCUUGGCCAAAUCUUGCACCUGCACUGCACUCCUUCAUGGUCUAUGCACACUCGAUGUGCGUCAGUCGCUCCUUCGUAUCUUCUUUCUCGAUAUGGAUGCCAGUCAAAAUCUACCUAGUCUCUUAACUCUCUCUGACUUGCUCGUGAUAUGUAAUAGUA